AUGUUCUAUUCAUAUUUAUUUUUAACGUUUUCUUUCGUUUCUUUUUUUCUCACUUUUUCUCUGAUACUUCAUAAUGCUAAUAUUUCGUUUGUUUUUAAUAAGGGUCUUUUGCUGCAAUUUUUUUUUCUUUUGCAAUUUUUCAUUCAUUUUUCUCUUCAAUUACAAUUUUCGCCACGUUAUUCAUUCUUUUUUCUCCUAUCACUCUUCCAUAUCUAUCUUCCAUUUGCCAAUUCUGUCCACUUUGCAUUCCAGCGUUUCUUUCUUUCUUUUUUUUAUUCCCUCCUAUUAAGAUUUCGUUUAUCCAUUUCCUUGAUUUAUUGUCAUCUUCCUCAUUUUUUCUAUUUAUUUCUCAUCUUUUUAUUUGCUUCUUGCUUACUAAAAAAAAGAAGAAAGAAAAGAAAAACUUUCUUUUCUGUUACGUUGUCUUCCAUUUCCUUUCUUUUUUUCUCAUUUGCCUUCAUUUUAAAUCACACUUUUCUCUUGGUACUCUUUCUCUCUCUCUCUCUCUCUCUCUCUCUCUCUCUCUCUCUCUCUCUCUCUAACUUUCCCUCACUCUACCGUUUCUCUUCUCACCCUCUUAUUUUUUCCUCAGCAAAUCUGCUCCCCAUCCCGUUUUCCCCGCCUUUUUCUUUCGCCCCUCCCUCCACAAGGCGCUGCUCCUUCCCUGUUUGA